AUGAAGACCCGGGAAGCCGUGAAAACCGCCACCCAGGAUCGAUCCCAUCACGCGGCACCCACGCUUCCGCGCCACCCCUACUCGUGGCCCAUGCGGUCUAGUUUCGCUGUAUAUUCUCGCUCAUACGAUCAAUUGUUCGGAGAUGGCCGCCGGCUGUGGAAGAACACCGACGAGGCGGUCUCCAAAUGA